AUGAGGGCGAAACGAAAGCUCAUCCUCCCCGAUUCUUCAAUAGCUCGCGAGUUUGCGGCAGAAGGCAAAGGCAAAGGCCGCAAGAGCGACCCGUACGUCCUCGACGUCAGCUCUGACUCGGACCAGCCUUCCUCACCCGUCGCAAGUGGCGUGCAAGCAAGCGAAGAAGCGGGCGACUACACGCUCCAACUCGAGCUUGAAGCCCUGUCUGCCACUGAUGGCUCCAUCCCUUCCUCACCAGACGUUCCACUUUCCACCACCUCUUCACCUCUGAAACCACGCCGCGGGCGCUCUCGCUCCCUCUCCACCUCACCCGACAUACCCCUCGCCACCUCCCUCGCAGAAGAAGAGGAGCUGGCAGUGGAACCAACGCCCGCCCUAGCCACAACAAUGACGACCGCCAUCCGCUCCAACCCCGCCCUGUGGGAUCGAGUCCUCAAAUACGAGCCGAUCAGCUUCGACGAGUUUGUCAGCGUCGCAACGCAGAGCGGGCUCAGCAUGGCCGCGGGCAAGAGCAAGGAGGAGCUGCGGACGUGGUUGGAUCGGCAGUGCAUCUGUCACUACUCAAAUGACCUGACUGGGCCCAGGAGUCGACACUGA